AACAACAACAACUAGCAACUAGACGGACCAGGCGGCGGCUACCAGGCAACCAGGCAACCGCAUCUGAUCAGUUGCCCAGUCGGCCAGUCAGCCAGUUAGCCAGUCUAUCAAUCUAACCACCAGCAGCAACAGCAGUAGAUCAUCUAAAAGUUAAAGAGAGAAGAGUGCGCCAUGGCCGGACCUCAAGUGCAGCACACGCAGCGACCCAACAGCGCCUACUACACAGGCCUCAAUGGCAGCGGUGGCUCCAACGGAGCCUCAGGUGGAGGUGGAGGAGCUGCAGCUGGAGCUGGUGGCAUGGCGAGCAGCGCCUCGCAUACGGGACUGGGACUGCAUGCACUGCGUCAGGUGUCCAAUGAGACGGAGCUCAUCUAUCGCGGCAGCCACAGCAAUGGCACCGUCAACGAGCUCACCGGGGGACGGCAGCUGACGGGCAGCAACAGUCGGAUCAUUCAACAGCAGCCGGCGCACAGUUCGCGGGACAAUAUUGUGAGCAGCAUUGCGGGCACCGGCAGCUGUGCCACCGAUGCACUCAUCGGUACCAUUUCCACAAGUGCUGGAGCUGGUGGUGGAUCUGGAGGAGCUGGACCUACUUCGGCAGCUGGAGCUGGCAGCAGCAAUGCGUCGGUAUUAAAGAAAUCGAAUACGCAGCGAAGUAUUGAGAUCAUUGUGGAUGCGUCGCAAUGUGGCAAGGAUGCUGUCGCCGAUCUCGAUGAUGUGGAGCAGGGCGAGGGCGGUGGCCAGGAGUCGUCGUCGUCGGUUCGCAAGUCGUCGCGUCAUCGCCAUCGGCCGCUGCAUCGACGUCUCAUCAGCUAUCUGCGCAAUUUGUUCCAGGGCAGCGCCGCACAGAAUGAUUCGGAACUGGAAGAAUUCGAGACGCCAGCUCGCUACAGACCAGACUCACUGAGCGCCCUGAGUCGUGCCACCCGCUUCACAGAGGAUGAAAUCAAACGAAUUUAUCGCGGUUUUAAGGCUGAGUGCCCCACGGGCGUUGUCAAGGAGGAUACCUUCAAAGUGAUCUAUUCGCAGUUCUUUCCUCAGGGAGCAAAUCCAACAUUAUAUGCACAUUAUGUAUUCAAUACACUGGAUCAGGAUCACAGCGGCAUUGUCAGCUUUGAGGACUUUGUUCAAGGACUCUCGAUACUGUCGCGCGGAUCCGUCGAGGAGAAACUGCGCUGGACCUUCUCGUUGUACGACAUCAAUGGCGACGGCUUCAUUACGAGGGAAGAAAUGACUGACAUUGUGACUGCUAUAUACGAGCUGAUGGGCCGCCUGCCCGACGAGUGUCCCGAGGAGGAGAAGAUCAAAGGCAAAGUGGAGCAAAUCUUUCAGAAAAUGGACAUUAAUCGCGAUGGCGUCGUGACGUUGGAGGAGUUCUUGGAGGCGUGCCGCAACGAUGAUGCCAUAUCCAGGUCGAUGUCUUACACGGUGCGGCGACGACGACGCAGUCGCAGCCAGCAACAGCAGCAGCAAGAACAGCACAAACAUCAUCAGAAGCAAAUGGAGCCGGAGAAACGUAAGUCAAACAACAAGAUGAAACAGCAACAGCAACAGCAAAAACAUAGCACAAGACACCAAGGGCAGAAGUGUUGUCAUGUCAUCGAUAUGGAUGACGCGAGCACGGCAACAACAACCACAACAACAACAGCAACCACUACGACAACAAUAACCAAUUGCACAAGCAACAACAACAACAACAACAACUGCAGCUGCAACAUUAAAUACAGGUCAAAAAGGGAAAGACAGCGACAUCCGAAAGUGAACUACGCUCACGAUGAUGACGAUGACGAUGAAUACGAUGAUGAGGAAGAAGAUGAUGAUGAUGAUGAUGAUGAAGAAGAAGAAGAGGAGGAGGAAGAGGAGCAGAGACGUUUGAUGAGCGGCAACGGCAGAUCGCAGACAAGGAGUCGAUCCAUUUGCAGGCACUGUCAACGACCGCAGUCCGAGCUGCAGUCGCGUCAAUUGCCGACAUCGUCGCUGCGACUGCGCAAAAGCCACUCGAAGUCACGGAGUCAACAGAAGCGCAACAAGAGCAAGCAGCGUCAUCAUCAUCAGCAUCACCAACAGCCACAGCAACAGCAACAGCAACAGCUGCCGCGUUGGCCAGAGCUGAAUGUGGCUAACGAGCAGGCGAUACGCUUCCGGUGUCCGCAAGUGGGUCCCCAAGUGGGCAGAGAUCUGCACACGCCGCAGCCGAUGCAUUUCCACCAUCCGCAGCAGCUCGGCCAUAGCCAGAGCCAGAGCCAAGCUCAAGUUCAGGCUCAAGUCCAGCCACCGAAGCCGGCGACGAAGAGCAAAAGCAAGCACAAGCAUCGACAUCACCAUCACAAUCAACAUCAACAUCAACACCAGCAAAGGACGACGCCAUCAGCUGCCAAAGCUGCACUGCCAACGCCGCAGCCGCCGCCACCGCCACCACCACCACCUCCACCACCGCCGCCGCCGCCGCCACCACCACCACAGCCACCUCUUCCGCCACUGCAGCCGCUGGCCUUGGCUGGCCUGGAGAGCAACGGCCAAGUGGGGGAGCUGCCAAGCACACCGGAUUCGCCAUCCCUGGUGACAGUCAGCACCUGGUACACGGUGGCCAAGCAGGGCGUAUCCUGUUAGUGGGCUUUUCACUUGUAAAUUGUACUCACACCUAUCGCCAUUGCUUUGCGUACUUGCUGUCUUAGUAGAAGACUCGCUGUCGCUCUCCCUCUCUCUCUCUCUCUUUCUCUCUGUUGUCCAGUGAGUACCUCUGAGACUUUCCUUGGGUUUCGCAAUUGCAUGACGACCGACGGGUUCCACGCACACACACACACAUACACACACUCCAAAUGUCCGAAAUCCAAAAGCAAAACAGCCAAAAUCAAUAGCACAAAACACUUGUUGUCUCUUUCUGCUGGAGUUUGAAAUUGCGAUUCGUAGGCUCAUAGAAUAUAUACAAGAAAAGUUUUUUUUUUUUUUUUUUAAAUUAUUUUUAAGAUAUGCAUUCAGUGUAAUUUGCCGUAUUAUAAUCAAUAUACUCGCAUCUAUAUUUAUUUUUGUUAUAUUCCCACAUUUUUUUCUCGAUAUUUUGCUUUCUCUCUCGAUGUGGGGCAGAGUUAAAGAUUCUAUGUGAAAUUAUAUGAAUGUUGCAAAUGUAAAAUGUGUUAUAGUGUUAACUAGUAUUGACUAGAAACCCCUAAAUGUAUGUAUAACAUAAUAGCUACAAAAAUAAUUCAAUAUUGAUUCAAAAAAGAAACAAAACAAAAUAAACAACAACAACAAAACAAAAUAUGAACAAAACGAAUAUGAUUUGAAACCCAAUUUGCAUUUUGUGUUUAAUUUUGAUUGCUUUUUCAAUUUGGCGAAAUCAAAUUGUCAUAGUAAAAAGGGAAACCCCAAAAACAAAAAAAAAAAAAACAAAACAAAACAAAACAAAAAUCGACGUUAGCUGUGAUGAAAAUUGAACUACUUUAAUCUACAAAAAUCGAA